CUAUAUAAGCCCCAGAGGGCCAGGCGCUGCUCAGAUCUCUUCCACAGCCACUGCCUGCCAGGGAGCAGCUCCUCACAGCACCCACCAUGUCCCAGGCUGGGGCUGAAGAGGCCCCCAUCAAGAAGAAGCGCCCCCCUGUGAAGGAGGAGGACCUAAAGGGGGCCCGAGGGAACCUGACCAAGAACCAGGAGAUCAAAUCCAAGACCUACCAGGUCAUGCGGGAGUGUGAGCAAGCUGGUUCUGCCGCCCCGUCAGUGUUCAGCCGCACCCGCACUGGCACGGAGACCGUUUUUGAGAAGCCCAAAGCCGGACCCGCCAAGAGUGUCUUCGGCUGAGACGUGCACGCCACCUCCCUCACCACCAGCAACACCUGGACACAGGAGCCUUUCCCAAGAACUCUUUUUUUAUGCCAGAAUGUAUCUUCUCCCCUGCCACCUCUGGAACUGCCACCCCUCCCCCACAGCCCUGGCCCGUAAGCCCAGGGGCGCUGCACCAACACCUGGGAAACACCAAUAAAGAGGAUGCCCACGUGGCCCCAGCA